AUGGCGGCGGCCGUAGAGAGAGGAGGAGUGCGGGCCGCUUUCCUGAAUCCAGGUAGCGGCGGCGGGAUCGGUGGACCACCCCCGGCACCUAUGCCCACUGCUCCCGGAGCCGCGGUUGGAGCAGGAGGCAUGGGUUCGAUUUCUGGUGGGUCGGAUGGGCCCAUGCCCGUGCCUAUGAAUAUUUUUGCAACAUGGGAAAUCGACCGUUCUUCUCCGAGUUGUGUUCCAAGAUUGUGCAGCCUGACCCUCAAGAAGCUGAUUGUCCUCAAAGAAUUGGACCGGGAGCUUAGCUCAGUGGUGAUAGCUGUCAAAAUACAGGGCUCCAAGCGCAUCUUGAGGUCCAACGAGUAUGUCCUUCCUCCAGAUGGACUGAUGGAGACUGACCUUGAGCUAACCUUCUCACUCCAGUAUCCCCACUUCCUCAAAAGGGACGCCAACCGAUUGCAGAUCAUGCUGCAGAGGAGGAAGCGAUAUAAAAACCGCACCAUCCUGGGAUAUAAGACCUUAGCUGUGGGCGUCAUCAAUAUGGCAGAGGUGAUGCAGCAUCCGACAGAUGGAGCCCAGAUCCUGGGUCUCCAUAGCAACGUGAAGGAGGUGCCGGUGCGUGCGGCCGAGCUCAGCGUGUAUUCCCUGUCCAGUCAGCCCAUUGACCAUGAGGACGGCAGCGGGCAGCCAGGGACCAAGGCCAAAGCCUUAGAUCGCUCCCCGGAUAUGGACAACUACUCCGAGGAUGACGACGACAGCUACUCCUCGGAGCAGGAAGCUAGCGACGAUGCUGUUCAACCAGUGGACCUGUACGAUGAGGAUGAGGAUGUGCAAAGGAAGCCAAAGAAAAACCGGAGGAAAAUGAUUCGUACGACAUCCAUGACAAGACAACCCAAUUUCAAACAGAAGUUUGUGGCCCUGUUGAAGAGAUUCAAAGUGACGGAUGAGGUUCUGGACUCGGACCCAGUGGACCAGACCCAGGAGGUGGAGGAGGAUCUGGACCUGCUCUAUGAUAGUCUGGAGGUUUACAACCAGAGUGACAGCGGCCCUGAGAUGGAGGACAACGAGAGUGUCCUCAGCACGCCCAAACCCAAACUCAAGCCCUUCUUUGAGGGAAUGUCCCAUUCGAGCUCCCAGACUGAGAUUGGGAGUCUACACAGUCAGAAGAGCCAGCCCAGGGACCUGGCCUGCAUCGGUGGAGAGCUGCUGUCCCCGGACAGGGCCAAAGUCCAAAUAGGGACCAAGUAUAUAGACGACAGCGCCGGAUUGGAGUCUCCUGCAGGGGACGCGGAGGAUGAGGAGACUAGGGCUGGCACAGGGCCAGGGGAGGCUAACCCCAACCCCACUCCCAUCAGCUGGGACCUGAGCACGGACAAACUGCCCGGCCCAGUGGCCAAACUCUGCAAGACCGAGUCCCAGACACUCAUGUCGCCGAGUAAAACCGAGAACAAGCUGCAGAGGCGUCCUAGGAGCACGUCCAUGAAGGACCGGCAGAACUCCAAGGCCCAGAGUGACAGGACCAGCAGCAUCGACAGCGAGACAUCCCCGGAAUCCAGGAUCGCUGUCCAGGUCCCCAGGAAGUCGGUGUACGACCAGCUAAACCAGAUCCUUGUCUCUGACGAGCAGCUCCCCGAGAGCAUCAUCCUCAUCAACACCACAGACUGGCAGGGCCAGUAUCUAUCUGAGAUUCUCCAUGAGCACAGCCAGCCUAUCGUGUGCACCAUCUCUGGUGCGGAUGUCCAUGCAGCCUUCAACACCAUAGUCACCAGGAUCCAGAGAUUCUGUAACUGCAAUGCCCAGACACCCCCCACCAUCAAAGUGGCGGUGGCCGGAGACCAGAGUUACCUCAGCACCAUCCUCAGGUGCUUCGUGGAGCAGUUGGCCAACAAGACGCCUGAUUGGCUCAGCUACAUCCGCUUCCUGGUCAUCCCUGUCGGCACUCAUCCUCUGGCCAAACACAUGUCUUCGUUCGACAGCAAGUUCAACAACAUCUUCAUGGAUGCUGGCUGGAGGGACUUGUUCGGCAGACUGGAGGCCCCAACAUCAGUUUCCAUAGACAACAUUGAUGUAGCAGGCCGCGUGUCUCAGUACCUGGCUGGGGCCAGCGUCUCACACCAGUGUCCCAUCUCUGAGGCCAUGCUCACCUACAAACAGAAAAGCCCUGACGAGGACUCCUGUCAGAAGUUUGUGCCAUUUAUUGGGCUGGUGAAAGUGGGCAUCGUUGAGCACAACCUUUCGACCUCAAUGGACUCUGAUGAUGCUGUGAUGGGGAGCAUCAAUAUGCUGGCCUCCCCUCCCCCCCAGCCGGGACCACCCUACAUGAAGGACCUGACCUGCACCCCGCCCCCCUCCCCCUCCGUCUCAGCCACCCUCGCCGGAGCCGGCUCUCCGGUGACGGGCGGGGAGGUGAUGGGGCUCCAGGUGGACUACUGGGCAUGUCACGGCGUCGACAAGAAGAAGGAAGGCGAGAAGCGAGACGUGGGCAUCAAGAAUACCCUGAAAAGCAACUUCCGCUCGCUGCAGGUGUCCCGCAUCCCCAACGGGGGCGAGCUGACCCCUCCUCCCAGCAUGGCCAUGACGGUCGUCAUGAAGGAGAAGAACAAGAAAGUGAUAUUCCUGAGUAAAAAGCCCAAGGAGAAGGAGGUGGACUCCAAGAGCCAGGUGAUCGAGGGCAUCAGCAGGCUGAUCUGCACUGCCAAACACCAGCACACCAUGCUGAGAGUGUCCAUUGACGGUGUGGAGUGGAAUGACGUCAAGUUUUUCCAGCUGGCCGCCCAGUGGCCCACUCACGUCAAGCACUUCCCUGUUGGCAUCUUCGGCUACACCAAGCCUGCCAUGUGACAUAUCACUGCCACCUAAACCCAAGUAUGGGUAGCUGCAGCCCAAUAUGGCGACCGGAGUAUGGGCAAGCGGGUGUGUCGAAAGGAGUGGGUGUAUGGAAAGCUAAUCAGCUAAUUGGGCAGAUUUGUUGCGACUCAAGACCGUUUUGCAUGGCUGAUACGAGUCAAUAAGCCACCGACCACUGCAGCGGUUUUGUAUCGGGUGCCUGCUGACCGGAGGUGCUUCCCACUGGGCAAC